GCCGGGGAGGGUAGGGCGGGGAAAGCCUCUGCGACUUUUCCGUCUUCCAGCCCAUAACCCCGAGCGUCCGCACCCUGUGGCGACAGGGGUGACGGUGACGGAGUGAGUCUCCGGGACGCAGGGCUGGCGAGGCCCCGGGGGAGGGGCGGAGCGCGGAGGAGGCUGCCGUCCCGCCUCCCCCACAGCCGGGCGGGGCGCUCGGGCUGCGGCGCUGGCCCCUCGCCGGCGCAUCACCCCGCGUUCGGCAAGCCCAGUGGUUAGCGAUGCCGCUGCUGUCGCUGCUGCCUCGGCGGCUGCUGCUGCUGCUGCUGCUGCUGCUGGGGGUGCCGGCGGGCUCCGCCGAGGGCGCGGCGGUGGCUCUCACCCCCGAGCGGCUCCGCGAGUGGCAGGAUAAAGGAAUCUUCAUUAUCCAAAGUGAGAACCUUGAGAAAUGCAUUCAAGCUGGCAAAUCUACACUGACCCUGGAGAACUGCAAACCACCCAACAAGUACAUGCUGUGGAAAUGGGUUUCAAACCACCAUCUCUUUAACAUCGGAGGCAGAGGCUGUCUGGGCCUGAACGUGUCUAAUCCGGAGCAGCCACUGAGCAUAUAUGAGUGUGAUUCCACCCACGUGUCCUUGAAGUGGCGCUGCAAUAGGAAGAUGGUCAUUGGUCCACUCCAGUACAUGGUCCAGGUGAAGCACGACAACACGCUUGUGGCCUCAUGGAAAUAUCUUCAUAAGUGGGUUUCCUAUAUGUCAGGCGGUGGAGGCAUCUGUGAAUAUCUGCACAAAGAUAUGUAUACAAUCAAAGGGAAUGCCCACGGGAUACCGUGCAUGUUUCCCUUCCAGUAUAACCAGCAGUGGCAUCAUGAAUGCAUCCGGGAAGGGCGGGAAGACAACUUACUGUGGUGUGCCACGACCAGCCGAUACGAAAGAGAUGAGAAGUGGGGAUUUUGCCCAGAUCCUACAUCUACAGAGGUGGGUUGUGAUGCUGUCUGGGAGAAGGAUGUCAAUUCACACAUUUGCUACCAAUUCAACCUGCUUUCCUCCCUCUCCUGGAGUGAGGCACACUCUUCAUGCCAGAUGCAAGGAGGUGCUUUAUUAAGUAUUGCAGAUGAGACUGAAGAAAAUUUCGUAAGGAAGCACUUGGGCAGUGAGGCAGUGGAAGUGUGGAUAGGUCUGAAUCAGCUGGAUGAAAACGCUGGUUGGCAGUGGUCUGAUGGAACACCACUCAACUAUAUGAACUGGAACCCAGAAAUAAGUUUUGAGCCAUUUGUUGAAUAUCACUGUGGAACAUUUAAUGCAUUUAUGCCAAAUGCCUGGAGAAGUCGGGAUUGUGAGUCUACCUUGCCUUACCUUUGUAAAAAAUAUCUAAAUCACACUGAUCACGAAGUCAUUGAAAAUGAUGCUUGGAAAUAUUAUGCUACCCACUGUGAGCCUGGCUGGAAUCCCCACAAUCGUAAUUGCUAUAAACUUCAGAAAGAAAAAAAGACCUGGAAUGAAGCUUUGCAUUCUUGCCAGUCCAAUAACAGCACAUUAAUAGACAUAACUUCGUUAGCAGAAGUGGAGUUUCUUGUAACCCUCCUUGGAGAUGAAAAUGCAUCAGAAACAUGGAUUGGUUUGAACAGCAAUAAAAUUCCAGUUUCCUUUGAAUGGUCUAAUGGCUCCUCAGUCACCUUUACUAAUUGGCACACACUUGAGCCCCACAUUUUUCCAAAUAGAAGCCAGCUAUGUGUCUCAGCAGAGCAAUCUGAGGGACACUGGAAAGUUAAAAAUUGCGAAGAAACACUUCUUUACAUUUGUAAGAAAGCAGGCCAUGUCCUUUCCGACUCUGAAUCAGGCUGUCGAAAGGGAUGGGAGAGACAUGGUGGAUUCUGUUACAAAAUUGAUGGCGUCCUUCGAAGCUUUGACCACGCCUCCAGUGGUUACUACUGUCCUCCUGCACUUGUAACCAUUACAAACAGGUUUGAACAGGCUUUUAUUACCAGUUUGAUCAGUAGUGUGGUGAAAACCAAGGACACUUAUUUUUGGAUAGCUCUUCAAGAUCAAAAUGAUACAGGAGAAUAUACUUGGAAGACGGCAGGGCAGAAGUCGGAGCCGGUGAAGUACACGCACUGGAAUGCACGUCAGCCCCGCUACAGUGGUGGCUGUGUUGUCAUGAGAGGAAGGAGUCCCCCUGGUCGCUGGGAAGUGAAGGACUGUAAACACUUUAAGGCAAUGUCCCUGUGCAAGCAACCAGUGGAAAAUUGGAAGAAAACUAAGCAAGAAGAGAUAUGGCCCUUUCACCCCUGCUAUUUGGAUUGGGAGUCAGGGCCUGGCCUGGCCAGUUGCUUCAAGGUAUUUCAUAGUGAAAAGGUUCUGAUGAAAAGAACAUGGAGAGAAGCUGAAGAAUUUUGUGAAGAAUUUGGAGCUCAUCUAGCAAGCUUUGCCCAUAUUGAGGAAGAGAAUUUUGUGAACGAGCUUUUACAUUCAAAAUUUAAUCGGACAGAAGAAAGGCAGUUCUGGAUUGGAUUUAAUAAAAGAAACCCACUGAAUGCUGACUCUUGGGAGUGGUCUGAUGGAACUCCUGUUGUCUCUUCAUUUUUAGACACUUAUUUUGGAGACGAUGCAAGAAAUUGUGCUGUUUAUAAGGCAAAUAAAACAUUGCUACCCUCAUACUGCAGUUCCAAACGUGAAUGGAUAUGCAAAAUUCCAAGAGAUGUGAUACCCAAGAUUCCAGCCUGGUACCAGCAUGAUGCACCCUGGCUCUUUUAUCAAGAUGCAGAGUACCUUUUUCAUACCUCUGCCUCGGAAUGGUCUUCCUUUGAGUUUGUCUGUGGCUGGCUGCGCAGUGAUAUUCUCACCAUUCAUUCUGCACACGAACAAGAAUUCAUCCACAGCAAAAUAAGAACGCUAUCAAAGUAUGGUGUGAAUUGGUGGAUUGGACUUCGAGACGAAAGAGCCAAUGAUGAAUUUCGCUGGACAGAUGGAUCACCAGUAAUAUACCAGAACUGGGACAAAGGAAAAGAAGGAUCUAUGAUGAAUCAGAGCCAGAGAUGUGGCUUCAUUUCAUCCAUAACAGGACUCUGGGCUAGUGAAGAAUGUUCAGUUUCUAUGCCUAGCAUCUGUAAGCGAAAAAAGGUUUGGGUCAUAGAGAAAGAGAAAGAUACACCUAAACAACAUGGAACAUGUCCCAAAGGAUGGUUAUAUUUUGACUAUAAGUGCCUUCUGAUAAAAAUCCCCAAAGAUCCAAGCGAUUGGAGGAACUGGACAUCUGCUCAAGAUUUUUGUGUUGAAGAAGGCGGAACACUGGUCGCCAUUGAAAAUGAGGUGGAACAAGCUUUCAUUACUAUGAAUCUUUUUGGCCAUACCACUAAUGUGUGGAUAGGGUUACAAAAUGAUGAUUAUGAAAAAUGGCUAAAUGGAAGGCCUGUGUCAUAUUCUAAUUGGUCUCCAUUUGACAUAGUAAAUAUUCCAAGUCAUAACACCACCGAACUGCAAAAACGCACUCCUCUCUGUGCCUUGCUGUCAAAUAAUCCUAAUUUUCACUUCACUGGAAAAUGGUAUUUUGAAGACUGUAGAAAAGAAGGUUAUGGGUUUGUCUGUGAAGAAAUGCAGGAUACUUCUGGACACAGUACAAAUACAUCUGAUAUGUAUCCAAUCCCCGAUACCUUAGAAUAUGGAAACAGAACUUACAAAAUAAUUAAUGCAAAUAUGACUUGGUACACAGCACUAAAAGCCUGCCUGAUGCACGGAGCAGAACUGGUCAGCAUUACAGACCAGUACCACCAGUCCUUCCUCACUGUUAUCCUCAACCGGCUAGGACAUGCCCACUGGAUUGGACUGUUCACUGAAGAUAAUGGUCUUAAUUUUGACUGGUCAGAUGGCACCAAAUCCUCCUUCACUUUUUGGAAAGAUGAUGAGUCAUCCUUCCUGGGUGACUGUGUUUUUGCUGACACCAGUGGACAGUGGAGUAGCACAGCCUGUGAAUCAUAUCUGCAAGGAGCCAUUUGUCAUGUACCCAAAGAAACAAGACCAUAUGGAUACCCAGAGUUGUGCUCAGAAACAUCUAUUCCCUGGAUAAAAUUCAAAAGUAAUUGCUACAGUUUUUCUACAGUCCUAGACGGUACGAGCUUUGAGGAUGCUCACGAAUUUUGCAAAAAGGAAGGAUCUAAUCUUUUAACAAUCAAAGAUGAAGCUGAAAAUUCAUUUCUCCUAGAAGAGCUCUCAGCUUUCAGUUCUUCUGUUCAGAUGGUUUGGCUGAAUGCUCAGUUUGAUGGUGACAAUGGAAUCAUAAAGUGGUUUGAUGGAACUCCCGCAGAGCAGUCAAACUGGGGUAUUCGGAAGCCAGAGAUGGGCCACACUAAACCCCAUCUGUGUGUUGCCCUGAGAAUUCCCGAAGGAGUGUGGCAGUUAUCCUCAUGUCAAGACAAAAAAGGAUUUAUAUGUAAAAUGGAAGCAGAUAUUCACACAGUAAAGAAGCAUCCAGGAAAAGGACCAAGUCACAGCAUUAUACCUCUUGCAGUAGCAGUGACACUGAUAGUAAUUCUGGCAAUUUCCACACUUUCCUUCUGCAUAUACAAGCACAACAGUGGUAUCUUCAGGAGACUUGCACAGUUUAGCAAUCGUUACUAUCCUGCAACCAACUUUCGUACAGGACAUUUAGAAGAAAAUAUUCUCAUUUCUGAUCUUGAGAAGAAUGACCAAUAAUAAUGAAGUGAGAGAAUGCCACAGCCAUGAGAAUGAAAAUGUCCGUUUCCACCUAAAAAAAAAAAAAAAGAGAGAGAGAGACGUGGCUUUUACUCCAAAUAUUACGAUGAUGCCUUAUCUUGGUAACAUCCUCCACGGCACCAAAGAAAAAAUUUCAAAAUAAUGUCAGUGAAACUUCUUUUAAUAAAGGAAUUUAUAAACCAA